GAGCUAGGAGCUCCUAUUGCAUUAGCAGGAGCAGGCGGAGGCAGCAGGAGAGACCAAGGAAGGGCAUUGCAGGACUCCUGUGACGGGCAGCAUGGCAGAAGAUCUGCAGCUAGAAACGUGGGACCUGGAAUGCGAGCGGAACAAUCGGGAACACCGGACCUCCGAAAACGGCAACCGGCAGCUCAUCGUGCGCAGGGGGCAGCCGUUCACCAUCACCCUGCACUUUUCCGGGAGGGAGUACCAGGAAGGCGUGGACCAGCUCACGUUCCACGUUGAGACAGGGCCUUGCCCCAUCGAGACAUCAGGGACCAGAUCUCUCUUUCCCCUUUCCUGCUCCCUGGAAGAGGCUGUCUGGAGCUCAGCCGUGGAAUGCCAGGAGGGGACCUCUCUGACUCUGUCCAUCUCCUCCCCUCCUGACGCCCGGAUCGGCCGCUACCGCCUGACCAUGGAUGCUGCCACCGACCAUCAGGGCUCCAGCUUCAGCCUGGGGGAAUUUGUCCUGCUCUUCAACCCUUGGUGUCCAGCGGAUUCUGUCUUCCUGGAGAGCGAAGAGGAGCGUGUGGAAUAUGUGUUGACCCAGCACGGCCAGAUCUACCAGGGAUCCAAGGAUUACAUCUACUCGAUCCCGUGGAACUUUGGCCAGUUUGAAGAUGAAAUUCUGGACAUCUGCCUCCAGCUGUUGGACACCAACCCCAAGUUCCUCCAGAACCAGGACAAGGACUGCUCCCGACGCAACAGCCCUGUCUAUAUCAGCAGGGUGGUGAGCGCCAUGGUGAACUGCAACGAUGACCAAGGCAUACUGCUGGGGCGCUGGGACAACCAGUAUGACGACGGCGUGAGCCCCAUGGCCUGGAACGGGAGCGUGGACAUCCUCCAGAGGUGGCAGAGAUAUGGGUGCCAGCCGGUCCGGUACGGGCAGUGCUGGGUCUUUGCCGCUGUGGCCUGCACAGUGCUGAGGUCCCUGGGGGUCCCCACCCGCGUGGUCACAAACUACAACUCCGCCCACGACACCAACGGCAACUUGGUCAUUGAGCAGUAUUUGGACGAGAACGGGAAGCUGCAGCAGGGGAACCGGGAGCUCAUCUGGAAUUAUCACUGCUGGAAUGAAUCCUGGAUGACCCGCCAAGAUCUCCCAAGCGGGUAUGAUGGCUGGCAGGCUGUGGACCCAACUCCCCAGGAAAAAAGUGAAGGAGUCUAUUGCUGUGGGCCCACUCCGGUCCGAGCUGUCAAGGAAGGAGACCUGAAGCUGAAGUACGACGUGAAGUUUGUCUUCGCCGAGGUCAACGCAGACGUGGCCUACUUGAUGCUGCAGAGCGACAUGUCUCGGAAGAGGACCACCUACUCCACUCUGGUGGGGAAGCACAUCAGCACCAAGAGCGUGGGCAGGGAUGCCAAGGAGGACAUCACCCACAACUACAAGUACCCAGAAGACUCGGAGGAGGAGAGGUCCGUCUUUGAGAAGGCGAAGCACCAGAAGGUCUACCCGCCAGCAGAAGAGGGCAUGAAAGUCAAGAUCAAGGCCUCCGAGGGGAUGAACAACGGCUGUGACUUUGACGUCUUUGCCGUCAUCACCAACAACACGGGAACCGAGCGGCGCUGCCGGCUGAUGUUUGGCGCCCGGACCAUCACCUACAACGGGACGCUGGGGCCAGAAUGCGGGAGCAAAGACCUGCUCAACGUCAACCUGGAGCCCUACGCAGAGAGGGUUGUCCCCUUGCGGAUCCUCUACGAGAAGUACGGCGACUGCCUGACGCAGGACAAUAUGAUCAAGGUGAUGGCUCUCCUGCAGGAGCACGAGACCAACGAGACUGUCAUCGAGUCCAGGAACAUCUAUGUCAAAAACCCAGAUAUCAAAGUCCGGAUCUUGGGGGAGCCGGUUCAGAAGCGCAGGCUGGUGGCCGAGCUGACGCUGAAGAAUCCCCUCCCGACCCCCCUGAACGGCUGCCUCUUCGCCGUAGAGGGUGCCGGCCUGACAGAAGGGCAGAAGAUCCAGGAGCUGGACUGCCCCGUCGAGCCGGGUGAGGACGCCAAAGUGAGGGUGGAGUUCAUGCCCCGCCAGUCGGGCCUGCGGAAGCUGGUGGUGGAUUUCGAGAGCGACAAGCUGAAGGGGGUGAAGGGCUACCGGAACGUCAUCAUCGCCCCCCUGCCCAAAUGAUGUGCCCCCCCCACCCCACCCUGCCCGGAAGGGAAGAGGGUUGCUUUGCUGGCCCUGUCGGAAAUCCAUCGCCUGAGCCGCCUCUUUAGAAAGACGGGUGAUUCUGGCAGCAACGGGGACCC